CACAAGCGCAAACCAAAUAAGGAAAUUGCGUGGACUGCAAGGCGUUUGGCAGUGUGGUGUACAGGGAUGCUUUCGGCAAGCAGAAAAAAGCACGUUGGCACUUGAUUUGUGACAUGAUCGAGGUGUUUGGUGAUUUAGGACUAAGACGUACGUGAAGGGUUUCCCGGGGACACAUGCUGGAGAGAAUACAAGACAUCAGCUAAUCAUACCAUCAUGAAUAACAUCAAGUCGGCGUCUCGGAGAGGAGUGAAGAAGCCUGGGAGGGGAGUAGGCACUGCUUCAACCAACGUAACACAAGAUAGGAUGGGUGACGGUGUGCAGAAUGAGACCGUUUUCUACUCCAAGGCUGAAAACUACUGGAGAGAAGUGGCGCCCACCGUGGAUGGCAUGCUAGGAGGCUACGGCAAGAUCUCUAACAUUGACAUUGACGGCUCCAAGAAGUUCCUGCAGAAAUUCCUUGGCCAGGGUGAAGGGAAGACCGGCAAUGGCUGCGCCCUGGACUGUGGCGCCGGAAUAGGGCGCAUCACCAAGCGACUGCUGCUGCCCCUCUUCAACACUGUGGACUUGGUGGACGUGACUCAGGAGUUCCUGGACCAGGCUAAGGUCUACCUGGGCGAUGACAGCAAACGGGUGGAGAACUACUUCUGCCUCGGCCUGCAGGACUUUAUCCCACAGGACAGACGCUACGACGUCAUCUGGAUCCAGUGGGUCAUUGGCCACCUGACUGACGACCACCUGGUGGAGUUCCUGCACCGUUGCCGCGGCGGCCUCCGCCCUGAGGGACUAAUUGUCAUCAAGGACAACGUGGCCUAUGAGGGCGUGAUCCCAGACGACGUCGACAGCAGCGUGUGCCGGGAACUGGCUCUGGUGAAGAGCCUGGUGACCCGGGCAGGCCUCACUAUCGUCUGUGAAGAGCAACAGAUGAACUUUCCGGACGAGAUCUACCAGGUCCACCAGCUGGCCCUCCGAUAGGGACAGAGAUGGAGACGGACGGGAGUAGAGGUGUGGAGGAUGGGUGCCAAUGCCAAAAUGCUGCUGCCCAUGCUCAAGCCAUGGGACUUUCAUGUCCACAUGUCCUGUCCACUGAAAGUUGGACAGUCCAGCUUAGUGUGUAGGCGUGUUUGUCUAAUGGCGUAUAUAUGACCCACUCUGUGUGAAUACAUCAGGUAGCGGUUUUAUGAAUCGUCAGUGUAAUUUACUAAAGGAUAAUUGUGACUGAUUCUGGGAUCACCCUUAGGAAUUAUGGAUGUACUGUAUGGGGGCAUAUCAGGUAAGGCUCAGAAAUGCAAAUGCCACUCUGAGUCAAUUCUUUACUGGAGGACAUGAGUUACAGCACUUGAGUUCACAUAGGACAGGGAUGAGCAAUUCUUUUCAGGGUCAUGUUCCGUAGGGCACACAGUUUUGCAAUGGAAACUACACAAAAACGUAUUUGGUCAAGUUCACGUACCUUAUUGUAAAUGACCCAGGUUCUCACUUUUGCCUAACGCACAAUUAAUUCAUGUCACUGAAUGCUCAGAGUAUCUGGUCACAUCUGUUUUCCCAAGUCGGAAUUAGAUCGAGCAACAAAUCAGGAACAGAGUUUCCCAUCACUGGCAUAUCCCUCCACAUACCCGUUUAUGUCAUUUAUUCACAGUACCAAGAAUACAUAGAUUGGCUGUUUGUAAGACGUGGCAAAUACUGAUGAAAUUUAAGUACUGUAUGUUUCCCAUGAGGGUUUGAAUGUCAAAUUAAACAACUUUUCAGGAAA